AAAAUUUCUAGAUAAAUUUGAAGUAUACAUGUAUGUUUACAAUUAAAAUUAAACAUGCCUUGCGACGGAAAAAAUCCAAAUUGUGAUAGAAGACGUGAAUUAUUAGCUCAACUUAAAUGUUUAAUUAGUUCCAUGGAUAGGAAGAUAAUAAAUAGAAAACCAUGUGAAUGGGAUGAACCAGCAUGUCCACCACCUGUGAACUGUCCAGUUAUGAAUUCUUGUGAUCCAUGUUGUGAGCCUAUUAAACGAUGCAAAAGCUUGGAUCUUCGUGCAAGUAUAAUGCAUCGAUGCGAGUGUAUCAGGAGGAAUGGUUUACAAGAUAGAUGCAUGAUGUGGGAUUGUAUGGGUCGACCAGAGUGUUUAACAAAACUAUAUCCAGUUUGCGGACCUGGGGCUUAUGCACUUCUAAAGUUAACAGAUUUAGGAGAUGUUAAUGUAGCUCUUAGAAAAUUUUUCUGCGCAGAUCAAGCAAGAGAAUCUGCAUUAGCAGCAUAUUGCAGACUUGUUUGCAAUAGUCCUUGUCCGCCAAUAUGUCCCCCGCAGCUAUGUGCAUUGCCUCCUUGCUCUUCAGUUGGUCCGCCUUCUUGUCCACCAUGUAUAACUUAUUGUUCACCUCCACCUUGUUCACCUUGUUCACCUUGUUCGCCUUGUUCGCCUUGUUCGCCAUGUUCGCCAUGUUCGCCAUGUACUCCUUGUGAUCCUUGUGACCCAUGUGUACCAUGUCCACCACCAUGUCCACCACCAUGUCUACCACCAUGUCCACCACCAUGUCCACCACCAUGUCCACCACCAUGUCCACCACCAUGUGCACCACCUUAUCUAUCAUCUUGUUUAUCUUAUAUGCCAAGAUGUGCACCAUGUUAAAUGGUGAAAUAUAUAGAUAAAUAUUUUAUAUUUUCUCUGAUGUAUUAUAAAUAUGAAAUAAAUAUUAACAUAUAUAUACACACGCACAUAUAAUGUAUUUUUUGUGGUGUACUAUAUUGUAAUGAUGUUCCGGCAUUUUAUUAACAGUAUUUUAAAUGUUUUAAAAGCGAAUAAGAAAGAAAUAAUAAAGUAAUAAAGUAUAAUGUUUAGAUUUAAUCAUGUCUGAAAUAAAAUAAAAGAUUAAGAUAAAUUAUAUUUUAUUUCUUAUAAGCUCCGUGGCAUAA